AAUAUAUACCCUUUCAUCUCUUGUGAACCUCCAUAAAUACUCUUAUCUGCUCACCCUAAUCUCUCUCUCCUCUCUUGUUACACCACUAUCUUGGUAUCAGCUCAAGAGGGCUCGUCUUUUUUUGUUCGUUUUUGUGAUCAUGGGAACUCAAAAGCCUGCAUGGUUGGAAGCGCUUUACGCACAGAAGUUCUUUGUGGGGUGCUCUUAUCAUGAAACUGCGAAGAAGAAUGAAAAGAACGUAUGUUGUUUGGAUUGUUGCAUUAGUAUUUGCCCUCAUUGUAUACCAUCUCAUCGCUUCCAUAGGCUCCUUCAAGUUCGCCGUUAUGUUUAUCAUGAUGUUGUCCGAUUAGAAGACCUCGAAAAGCUGAUAGAUUGCUCAAAUGUUCAGGCCUAUACUAUAAACAGUGCCAAAGUGGUGUUUAUCAAGAAGAGACCUCAGAACAGGCAAUUCAAAGGGGCCGGAAACUAUUGUACUUCCUGUGACAGAAGCCUUCAAGAACCCUUUACUCAUUGCUCUCUUGGCUGCAAGGUGGACUUUGUGCUGAAACAUUACAAGGAUCUUUCUCCAUACUUGAGGAGAUGCAACACAUUAACCCUGGGGCCUGACUUCUUUAUCCCUCAAGAUUUAGCUGAUGAUGAGAUGACCAAUGAGACACCUCAUUCAACAAUCGUGGACUCCGAUGAGCCAAUGAGCUGGUCUUCGAGUUCAUCGGGCUCCGAAAACAUGAGCAUGGCCAGCAGUGAGAUUGUACGGAAGAAGAGAAGUGGAUUAUACGUAUGUGCAAGAUCAAUGAAUAAGGUUUCUGAUGAGGACAUUGCUUCAAACAUGAGUAGAAGAAAAGGCAUUCCUCAUCGAUCUCCUUUAUGUUAGGAAAAUAAAUUAAAACAAAAAAAAUUAUUUAUUACCACUACAAUUUUAAUUAGUUUUACUUGGAUAUUUUGACUGAAUCCUUCACGUUCAAAAUGUUCUCGCUCUCAAUAUCUCAUCAUCUCUCUUCACUCUUCAACUUAAGUUAAUUAAUCAAUUGAUCGGGGGGUUUUGUCUUAA